AUGGGCACUCUGAUAGCACUCACCUGCAUCCUCUCCACCCUCAUCGCCAGGGGUCAUGCUAUUCAUUGCACAGUCUGCAGGACUGAAGGGGAAGUGUUUUCUUGUGUUGGAGACGACAAAGAAUGUGGAAAAGAUACUGUGUGUGCCUCUACCAUCACAAUCACCAUCAUGGCGGGACACACUAAAAAAUCUUUCUCCCGGUACUGUGCAAGGAGAAGUAACUGUGGAGCUUCCGGGAGCAUUGUUUUCCAGGGAGGAUUUUUUAAAAAACAUCCACCUCCUGUUGUAGCUCGGACUACUGCUCCCCCACCACUCCUGUAUUGCCGCAAGAUUCCAUUCGCCGUAAUGGAUUGAGUUGUCGAAGCUGUACGGCCCUUGACACUGACUGGUGUCACACUAAGGAAGCAAUAGAUUGCACCGGAGAAGAAACUGCAUGUAUCCUGCAGAGAGAUGUGUUCUCAGGAAAAAAGUAUGAAAAGACGGCUGUGCGGGGAUGCGGCACCAAGACACUCUGUGAUCUCGGAAGCCAAAACUUUAAUUACGGAGGCAUUACCUUGAAAAGAGAAAUUACAUGUACAAGCCAUGGUGUCAACCUUCAUGCCAACAUAUUGCUAGUUGCAAUAGUUGCUUUGUUUGCAUACAGACUAAUGCUCUAG